AUGAGCCUGAGAGAUUAUUUCAGCGAAGCGGCGGGCCAGGAUCUCCUCAGCAUCUCGUACAACCCGGACGCCAAAUAUGCGUUUGUCAACUUCAGCACCGAAUCGUCGCGACUCCGUGCCAUUGAGCAUGCUGCCUCGCAACUCUUUGAGGGCCGACGGCUGGACUGUCGCAUCCGACAAGACGCCACUUCCAGAUCGACCAAAGUCAACUAUGGGCUCAAACAAAUGGACAAACGGUCCAUCGCGAUAUCCUGCGAGCAUCCCAACGACCCUUUACAGGAUGCCGAACAGUUGUCUCAUUUUCCCGAGGCCGACCGAUCGCAAUUCGGAAAGAAGAAAUAUUUCAUCAUCAAGAGUGGUUCGCUGGAUGCGCUUUCGCAAAGCCUCGAGUCGGGCCAGUGGUUCAUUCCUAAUCGACAUGUCAAGCGACUGAAUCAUGCGUUCCAGACAGCUGAGCGAGUAUACUUUAUAUUUUCGGUCAACGGGUCACGCCAAUUCUUCGGCUACGCCAGUAUGAAAUCGGAGAUUCAGCCCUCCACCGAAACAUCCUUCCGAUCCAACGACGUGCAUCGCGCGCCGGCUGCCAUUGAGCAAACCUCACAGUUCAGUCCUGUUGAACCAAAGAGGGACUUAAGCCUGGUAUCCCGGUCUCGAACGUACUCGCUGGCAUCAUCCGACUCAUCAGCCGGGUCAAUUUACUACGAACCCGAACGCCGGAGGGUCAUCUGGGAAGCAGCCCAUCACGACCUGGACCGCAGUACUAUCCCUUACGAGCCUGCAAGCCCGCAAUCAACAUCUCAAUCGCCCUUGGCCACUGAGCCGCAAAAUGUGGCUCCUUGGUCAACCAGCAUGCCGACCACGAGGGUCUCUCCACCAGGUGGUCAGGCCGUCAGCUUCUUCUCCCCAUUCUCGCCCUUUGACGACCCAAGAUCUGAAGCUGUUCCUCGCUCUGACCUCGUCCCAUUCAGCAGUCCCUGUCCAGUCAAGUGGCUGUCCGUCAACAACAUUUCGUUCGAUUCCGUUCGAGGCCUGACGAAUGCCUGGAACGGCAAUAAGGACAUCUAUGUCGCGCGGAACGUCACCGCCGUCGACCCCAGUGCUGCUGCGGUACUGCUACAGCUGUUUCAAGCUGGCAGUGCUGAAAGUCGACCGCCAGCCCAAAGGUCUUGGUCUCAUGGCUGA